AUGUUCGUGAAACUGCUGUCAUCACAGGUGUAUGAGGAUCUACUUGAUCAUUAUCAGGAUGUUGCUAUCGAGGUUAAUGAGGGCAUCCUGGUAAAGAUGGUCGAUGUUUCGAGUCAAUUUACGUAUGUAAAGUUACGUAAUGUGCCUUUCGAGGCAAAUGAAGCUGACCUACGUAGUGUGUUUGGGAAGUUUGGAACUGUACACGUAGCUAAACAAGGCAAGUGGACGACAGGGGCUUAUGAGGGUUAUCCAGAAGGUAGUUUUAGCCUCAAGAUGACUCUGAGGCAACCAAUACCUUCGUAUGUGUUCUUAGAGGAAUUUAGGACACAAAUACUUGUAACUUACGCUGGCCAACGUAGAACUUGUAGACUGUGUGAUGGUUAUGAUCACAUAGCGGCUGAAUGUGUGAGGCGGAGGACGGGCCAGGAAAUACCAAGGAGUGACAUUUCGAGGCGAGGACCUACAGUGACUGAUCAGAACCGCCAGGAUGGACGUAGGCAUGGUCGGUUGUGGAGUGAGGAAUUGGAGGACAUGCAACGUGAGGUGGAGCAUGAGGGUGCAGUACAGCAAUUGAGUGCGUUUGCAGAGGAUGUGAUGCACAAGGCGGACAAGGACGUAACGAAUGACGUAGACAUUGACGUAGUGCUUGAGACAGUUUUGCAGGAGAUGUUCCCUAAAUCGGAGGAAAUCUUGACAGAGGUAACGACGGGAGACCAGGUACAGGGACAAGGGGAAGCAUGCGGGUCUGGAGGAAGGAAUGAAAUGUCGGCUUUGCCAAGUAGUGAGAAGGUGGAGGUGCACAAAGAGGAAGGUCUGGAGACAAGCAUGGUGGAAGAGGAAGUGUCGAGGAAGCGGGCAGCUGUCACGUCUGACUCGGAUGACGUCCUCACUCCAGCACAAAGGCCAGUAAAAACGGCGGGGAUUGAAGGAGUUUCUGUGGUGGCACCUCCGGUACUGUCUUCUGUCAACGGAUCCACCGCCCAUCUACCCCAAGAACAACUCAAUCUCCACCAGAACACUGCUGGAACCACCACACCUGCCACUGCCACACCUACCCGAAACAGAGGCAGUAACAUUAAACUAGGCACGAAGUUAGACGGAACUAGUAGCACGCCUGUUGAACCCAUCAAACCACUGUUGGAACUGGCUCUUGGAGACACCAGUGGAUCUCUAACAGUUCCAUUGCACCCUGUCUUUGACCAGGCGGCUCCACGCAACGUUACAGCUAUGACUGAUAAUUCUGCCUACCUACACUGCCUUGUUCACAACCUGGGCAACAAAAGUGUGUCGUGGAUCAGACAACGGGACCUACACAUCAUGACUGUGGGUCGGUACACCUACACUACUGACGAACGCUUCGAAGUCAUCAACUCCCACGGAUCCAAAGACUGGAUCCUGAAGAUCAAGUAUGCUCAGGUCCGUGAUUCUGGUAACUACGAGUGUCAGGUUUCAACUAAACCCGUCAGGUCGUACGUGGUUCAUCUACAGGUCUACGAGCCUCAGGCAGAGAUUAUUGGUGCUCCAGACAUCCAUGUGGAUAAAGGCUCCACUAUCAACCUCACUUGUAUCAUAAGACAUGGCACUGAGACUCCAGCUUAUAUAUUCUGGUACCACAAUGAUAAGGUGGUAAAUUUUGAGUCAUCUCGUGGCGGCAUCUCCGUGAUCUCAGAUCAUGGUAACUCUACUAGUGCUUUCCUAUUAAUACAGGAUGCUAGGGAGUCAGAUACAGGUAACUAUACCUGCGCCCCGUCCAACACAGCCGCGUCCUCUCUCAGAGUACAUGUACUAAAUGGUGAGACACCGGCCGCGAUGCAGACUAACAGAGGUGCGUCUGGUCUAGCCUCACCAUCCAGUUUACUGCUCCUGCAGGUGGGACUUCUGGCCCUCCUGCUGGUGCUUACCUGGUACUCUCUCAAGACAUCCUGAAGGAGUCGUAGAACACCGUCUGAGAUGCUCUUAUCUCCUGAAUUGUAAUCUUUAUUUGCGUCUGGUUGUUACCACGGUAUUGUUAGGACCUCGAAUGAAGGCUGUGAACCGACAGAUGGUUAAAAAAAGGCAUAUAUAUUACAAUGAAAUACGUAUUUGAAAUUUUAGUUAUAAUAUGCAUAUAAAUAACAGAAAUUGUUAUAUCAAACUUCUCUAAAUUGCGUUAUAUGGGGAAAACUGAAUAAAAUUUUAAUAUUUAAUCUACAAGAGGUUUCAUAAAGCCUUUCGUGACAGGUAUAUUUUUUUCGGGGUGGGUCGGUAACUAGCGGAAGACAGCUUAAGUGACUAUAAGCUCCACUAAGCUGGCUAAUAUAUAUGACUAACACGCGCGUCAGAAAUUCUCACGUCUCUUCUUGCGAGUAGAGGCGGACUAUCCGUACGGGCAUUUGGCCAGUGCCUGUUGGGCUGCUAGACUGCAUAAAGACUGAAACGAAAAUGGAACGCGUCUUAACUGAGCAGUGAUAGGAUACCCCUGGCCCUCAGCAAUUAAUGAACCGACCUGACAGGUGAUGGAUACCCGGGACGGUUUUAAGACCCAGUCCGCUUCUGCCUGAGAGACAACACCAUCACCACCCCUCCAAUGACAAGUGCCUUGUAUACCAACACAGAUAUAAACCCGUGAGUUGUGUAGAAUCGCGUAGCAGACUCCACUAUCCUCACCGGCUCGUGUAAUUAACACAGUUUACCACAGCCCGAGAGGAGCAUAAACUAUAUAAAAAAUACCAUUACAGCAACUCAAGAAAUGAUAUAAGCAUGAUUACGAACAACUCACAGGAAGAUUAUGACGUUUUAUUGUUAUAGUAUAUAAGAAAAAAUCACCUCUGCCGUUUUAACCUCAAGAUAAUGACUA